AUACGACAAGUCGUACAGAAAAGUCGAUAUAUCCCAAAGCAAUGAAACUGACUCCAGAGUCCAGAGAGGAGAGCUCGUUCUUGUUCAGCAUCACUGAACCAGGGAUAUGAAACGAAAAUGAAACCCUCUUCUUCUUCUUCUUCUUCGUCGUGCGGAUUAAGCACGCCGCUUACCAUUCUGUUCCAGUCGUCGAGACCCAAAGCCUGCGACAACCGCAACAGCAACGAUUCUCUUCUCAGAGACUUGGCCGCUCGAGAGUUCAACGCCUUCCUCUGGAUCGCUCUCAUCGCCGUCACCGCUCUUCUGCUCCGCGAACUCGUCCAGGUGCACCGCUCAUGGGCCUUAGCCAAGCCCAUCCCUGGCCCUCCUUGCCCCUCUUUCUACGGCCACUUCCGCCUUCUUUCCCGCCAAAACCUCACCGAGGUGUUGGCUGAUUUUCACAAGAAGUAUGGCUCCGUUGUGAAGCUGUGGCUGGGACCGACUCAGCUUUUGGUAUCGAUAAAGGAUCAGACUCUUGUCAAAGAGAUGCUGCUCAAGGCUGCGGAUAUGUUGCCUAUGACUGGGAGGGCUUUCCAGUUGGCCUUUGGAAGGUCAACUCUGUUUGCUUCUUCUUUCCACCAGGUGCAGAAGAGAAGGGAAACAUUAUUUACAGAAUUAAAUGGAAAACAUCGUGAGAACAACAAUGUGAUCCCCACCAAGGCUGUGGACAGUAUUUUGAUGAGGAUAAACAAUAUGGGUAAAAAUAGUGUUGACAGUAAAGUAGUGUCUCAAAACAUGGCUUUUACCAUAUUAGGAGCCACCCUUUUUGGAGAUUCUUUUUUAGCUUGGUCUAAGGCUGAUGCUUACGAGGAGCUCCUUAUGAUGAUUGCUAAGGAUGCUGGUCUUUGGACUUCUUAUUAUGUUACUCCCUUUUGGAAGCGUGGAUUUUGGAAGUAUCAGUCUGUAUGCAGAAAGUUGAAAUGCUUAACUCAAGAUAUUGUACAACAGUGCUGCUACCUCUGCUUUUAG